UGUGUAUGUGUGUGUGUGUGUGUGUGUGUGUGUGUGUGUGUGUGUGUGUGUGCACUUUGGAUGGGUUAAAGGCAGAGAACGAAUUCUGAGUAUGGGUCACCAAACUUAGCCGUAUGUCACGUCACUAAAGUUUGCUGGUCGGGAGGCACAUACUUUUGUCCACAUCUUGUGUAGUUUGUGAGUGAAUUGAGAUGAUGGACAGAAACAGAAAUAUGGUUAUAAAGAUCCCUCCUUUCCUUCAUAAGCUCCUCCAUAACUGGAAGACUGUACUGAUAUUGUUCAACUUGGUCCAUCAUUUAUUCAUGUUUAUUAUUAUUAUUAUUAUUAUUAUUAUUAUUAUUAUUAUUAUUAUUAUUCCAGCACACUAGGUGGCGGAAGUGAGCUGUAAAGUUGCCAUGCCAACCAACACAAAGAAGAAGCGCUGCCUUAUUUUUAGUGUAUAAUCAGGCAGCUGCUUUUCUCGCAGCUAAUGCUAAUUAUAUCUGCAUCAAAAUAUUCCUGAGCGCAUUGUUACCAACAGCAAUGUGAGGUGAUCGAGUUAAACCCAGCUCAUGUUUCAGUUGUGCUCUAAAGUCCAGCAUCACCGAUGUUAACACUUAGACCUCUCACAAUGGAAUCAGAAGAUGUCAAAGACAGCUGUUUAGGAACAAUGGCUCCCAGUCUGGCUCUGGCGGGCUCACAGCUAAGUGAAGACACUUCAGCUGAGGAGACAUUAAACUCAGGGGGACGCGUCACCAGUGUGGACCACCAGAAGGUCGUAAAGAAGGAGGAACCCGAAGAUGACGGCUACACCUGUAUGACCGCAGAUGGAGAAAUAUCUGAUACCAACGUCACCCCUGUCGAGCAAUCGGACGAAGAAAGCAUGAAGACUGUUAAAGAAGAAGAAGAAGAAGAAGACGAAUUCCUCUGUGGAGGAACAUCGGUCUCUGUGAGACGUGUCGUCAUCGUGGACGAGAACAACGAAGAAUUUCAGAACAAGUCUAUAAAAGAGGAGGAACCUGAAGACGAUGACUAUCUGUACUGUGAGGAUUGCAGAUCUUUCUUCAUCAGCGAGUGUGAGGUUCACGGCCCGGCUCUCUUCAUCCGGGAUACGCUCGUCCCACUGGGGGUCGCUGACCGAGCCAAACAAACCCUUCCUCUCAGUCUAGAGAUUCUGAAGUCUAGUAUUUCUGACUCGGGCCUGGGAGUGUUUAAUAAGGGAGACACUCUUCCAGUUGGUGCGCACUUUGGGCCCUACGAGGGAGACCUGGUAGACAGAGAGGAAGCCAUGAACAGUGUGUUCUCUUGGGUGCUCUACAAGAACAUGCAGUGUGAGGAAUACAUCAGUGCCAAGAGAGAGACACAUGCUAACUGGAUGAGGUAUGUGAAUUGUGCUCGUAACAGCGAGGAGAAGAAUCUCAUGGCGUUCCAGUAUCAAGGAGGGAUUCUGUAUCGUUGUUGUCAAGCCAUCAAACCAGGGCAGGAGCUUUUGGUGUGGUACGAAGAAGAAUACGCCAAACAUCUCGGUGUUACAUUUGACUACCUGUGGAACAAAAAAUCAACAAACAGCAACGAAAUGAAGAGCUUUCCCUUGCAAGUAUUCUCCUGUUCAUCGUGUUCGUUUUCCUACACGUCCCAAAUCUACCUCCACAAACACAUCAAACGAUGCCAUAACGAAGAAUAUGUGAGACUCCUGAAAUGUGGAGCGAUUAAACAUAACAAUCAGACGUCUUCAAACAGUUCCAGCAGUCAGCAAAUGUCCCCUGGAAACGUCCUGGCUAAAAACGGACAAACGCAGAAAGAAAUCCAUCACUGCUCCGACUGUGGGAAGAGUUUUACUAACCCGAGUUAUCUCCUACAACACCAGCAAGUCCAUACACGAGAAAGGCCUUAUCACUGCUCGGAGUGCGGGAAGAGUUUCACAAGACCCAUUAAUCUCCAGAUACAUCAGCGCAUUCACACAGGAGAGAAACUGUAUCACUGCUCGCAGUGUGGAAAGGAUUUUACCCGACAAAAUCAUUUCCAGUUACACCAGCACAUGCACACGGGGGAGAAGCCGUAUCAGUGCUCGGAGUGCGGGAAGAGUUUUACCCGACCAGGUAACCUCCAGCUACACAAGCGCAUUCACACCGGGGAGAAGCCGUACCACUGCAUAGAGUGCGGAAGGAGUUUCACGCAACAGACAAGUUUCCAACUUCACCAGCGCAUUCACACAGGAGAGAAGCCAUUUUGCUGCUCACAGUGUGAGAAGAGUUUUACCCGGCUCAGUACUCUCCAAAGACACCAGCUCGUCCACACGGGAGAGAAACCGUUUCAGUGCUCAGAGUGCGGCAAGAGUUUUACACAGCAGGUUAAUCUCCAGCUUCACCAGCGUCUUCACACGGGAGAGAAACCGUGUCACUGCACACAGUGCGGGAAGAGUUUUACACGCCUCAGCACUCUCCAAAGACACCAGCGGGUUCACACGGGGGAGAAGCUGUAUCACUGCUCGGAGUGUGGAAAGUGUUUCACGCAACAGGUUAAUCUCCGAUUCCACCAGCGUGUCCACACGGGAGAGAAGCCCUUUCAGUGCUCGCAGUGCGGGAAGAGUUUUACUCACCUGAGUACGCUACAGAGACACCAGCGCAUUCACACCGGAGAGAAGCCGUAUCUCUGCUCGCAGUGCGGGAAGAGUUUUACCCACCUGAGUACGCUACAGAGACACCAGCUCAUCCACACAGGAGAGAAACCCUAUCUAUGCAUACAGUGUGGGAAAAGUUUUACUCAACUCAGUACUCUUCAAAAACACCAGCAAAUCCACACAAAAGAUAAAACCUACUACACCUCAUAGUGUGGGACAACCUUUACACAAAUCCUUAACGUUCAAACAAAUCAAACGGUUUAUUUACAGUUCAGUAUUGCCCCUUUUCCACCGAGGCAGUUUGAGUGCAGGUUCGGAGCCUAAUUUAGAACCAGUUCUUUCUUUUUCGACAGCCAAAGCACCGGCCCUGAACCAGGAAAAGUGGUUCUUAAGUAGCACCAA